AUGUCUCCCUUUCUGGCUCUGGGGCUCCUGUUGGCUGGGAUCUGCAGUGUCCACAGCCUCCCGGAGAAUGUGAUGGUGAAGGACCAACACAGAAGGGUGGAUGACCACACAUUAGCCUCCAGCAACACCGACUUCGCCUUCAGCCUCUACAAGCAGUUGGCUUUGAAGAACCCCAAUAAGAACGUCAUCUUCUCCCCUCUGAGCAUCUCCAUAGCCUUGGGCUUCCUGUCCCUGGGGGCUCGUGGCCCCACCCUGACAGAGAUCCUGCAAGGUCUCAAGUUCAACCUCACGGAGAUCCAGGAGAAAGAGAUCCACCAGGGCUUCCAGCACCUCCUGCAGACACUCAAUCCAGCCAGUAAUGAGCUGCAGAUGAGAGCGGGCAAUGCCAUGUUUGUGCAGGACCAGCUGAAGCUGCCAGACAAGUUCAUAGAGGAUGCCCAGGUGCUAUAUUCCUCCGAUGCCUUCUCGACCAACUUCAGGGAUCCUGAAGCUGCCAAGAGUCUAAUAAACGGCUAUGUGAAGAAUAAAACCCAGGGGAAAAUUGAGGAGCUGUUCAAGUUCCUUUCUCCAAACACAGUGUUGGUCCUAGUGAACUACAUCUACUUUAAAGCCCAGUGGAAGACCCGCUUUGACCCCAAACACACUCAGCAGGCAGAGUUCCACGUGAGUGAGAACGAGACGGUGGAGGUGCCCACGAUGACCCUUGACCUGGAAACCCCUUACUUUCGGGACGAGGAGCUGGGCUGCACGCUGGUGGAGCUCACAUACACCAGCAAUGACAGCGCCCUCUUCAUCCUCCCCGACGAGGGCAAAAUGCAGGACCUGGAAGCCAAGCUGAACCCGGAGACCCUGACGAGGUGGCGAGAAUCACUGCAGCCCAGACAAAUAGAUGAACUCUACCUGCCAAAAUUUUCCAUCAAAAGCGACUAUGUGCUGAAUAACAUCCUCUCCCAGAUGGGUAUUAAGAAAAUAUUCACUGACGCUGACUUUUCGGGAGUCACAGGGACUGGGAAACUGGCAGGUGGCUGCUCACCUCCGCCCACCCCGUCUCUGGUGGCUAAUGUUCUGGUGUCCCCGCAGGUGGUCCACAGCGCUGCGCUGGACGUGGAUGAGGAGGGUACGGAAGGAGCUGCUGCCACGGGAAUCAGCAUAGUGUUUUUGGCCUUUCGGAAAACCGUUGUGCGUUUCGACAGGCCCUUCCUGAUUGCCAUAGUUCUCAAAGACACCCAGAGCAUCAUCUUUUUGGGGAAAGUCACCAACCCCAGUCAAGCCUAG